AUGGCGGCUAAGCGUACUUCGUCGGUCACGGAACACGGUGUCAAGUUAGAGACUCUCAAGGAUUGUCUCCAGUUCUUGGAAUGGUUGCGAGAUACUAAACGGAGUGGUGCGAGAACGCAGUUGGCUGGUCGACUGGCGAGGCUUCUAAACAAUAAGUAUAAUAAUGUUGACCGACAGCGCAUUGAAGACGCACUGUUCCAAUUCCUUAAUGAAGUGUCAAAAUUUCAUCACAAGCUAUGCAAAAAAGCGGAUCAGGGCACACAUAAACCUCAAACCACUAAACCUGCCCUGAACGCUCUCCUAGAGUGCAUUCCAAAGGUGCUUGCCGUGAUGUACUACUUGCGGUAUCAUGUUGAUAAAGGUUUCGCAGCUAUGGGCGGCGGUGAUUGGGCUGAUGACAUGAUUGGGCAAGUUGAAAUGUUGGCUAGGGUUAUGCCGUCGGGUUCACUUAUGAAACAUGCCACUAAUAUUGAAAAAUAUCUCAUUACAGCAAACGGCGAUAAGUACGGUGUUAUCCCUGGAGGAUUUGAGCCAAGCGAUCUGAAGCCAAAUACUGGGGGUGGAUAUUCCGUCGGUUCUGCAAUGGCAGCUGACCUUGGAAAUCUGCUGGACAAGAAUCGUUAUAAGGAAAAUCUAUUCCUCGACGUUUAUUCUACUACGGUAGUUGGUAAUAAGGGAACGGACACUCCGAACAUCGCCAACGCCCUCCGGUUGGUGCGCGAUUUUUGCAGAAUAUUUGCGGAAGUGGAGGAUGAGGAUGAUUUUAAAAGUCAUUUAUAUACGAAAGAUAAAUGCAUCAAGUAUAAUCAAUUAAAAUCACAUUGUGCCCAACUGAAAGACCCUCUUGAAAAGAUUUUUAAAGGCGAGCGGUUUUCCUUUACAGGGUACGGACGCCUAUUCAAAGACCUUAAUAAACAAAAUAUUGCUAAAAAAAUGGCUAGUUGGUUUAGAACAAAUUUGGAUGAUGUACUGAGUAAAUUGACGCUAAUUAAAUCCAUUAGUAGCCUAAAAGGUAUUAAUAGUAGAUCUUUUCAGAAAGGUAAAAUCUCGUCUGUUGAACACGCCAAAGCUCUUGCCAACUAUUUCAAUGAAAACUUCUUCCGCUACGGAUUCACGUUUUAUGGCCACGACUUUAACAAAUGGAGCAAUACGUAUGAGGUUUUGAAAACGGAUUGGGAUGGUGUAAUUGGUGUGAUGAAAGAUAAAAGUGAAGGCCUGGAAGAGCUGGUGCAAAUUUUGAAUGGCGAAGUAUGCAAACUACAGGAUAGAGAAGAAACACAAAAAGGAAAAGAACAAGGAACAGAAGAUAAAAAUGAAGAUGAAAAGGAUGAGGAUGAGGAGUCCGAGGAUGAAGAGGAUGCACCGUUGGAUGAUAAAGACAGUCCGCCCGUCAAAACCGAAGCCACUAAAACCGAGGCCGCCAAGCCUACUGCACCUAAAGUCGAUGGAACUCCAAACCAGGGCAAGAAAGCGGAGGGAGCACAGAACCAGGGCAAGAAGGCGGAGGGAGAUCCACCUGCCUCAUCUCCAAGUUCUAAGCCCACUCAGCCAUCAAGCAGUACAGGUUCAGACUCUAGGUCAUCUGGUGCCGGUGGUCCCCGUAGUGUUCAGGACCUAAGUGUCCAGCGCUCUCCUGGCGCUACUCAAACAAGUGGUCAAGAGGAUGAGACUGGUAAAGCCGCUUCUACCAGGACUCCUAUCGGGCCGAGUUCCGAUACAGGUGCCGGUGUAAAACCGAAUGCGGGUGAAUCUACUGAUCAUAAUUCAGGGAAGAAGUCUACUACUCCACAAUGCGAAGCAGGCCAAACACUUACGGACAGCUGGAAAGGUGGCAAUAAGAUAUGUAUCUCCGAGGAGCGUCUGAAAAAAGCAAAAUAUUGGGAAUCAGCAUGGACAAAAGCAAACGAAGCAAAAAAUGAAGAAGAAGCAGAGGAAAGAAAAGAGAAAGCUGCGUAUGAGCAAUAUAAACUUCAAAUGAAUCAAAUGACAAAUUACCCGCUGUCGCUAGAUGGUUAUGACUUAAAAUCUCCUUUGGACGGUGCAGCUUUGCCGGAUGACUCUACAACCCAAAACAGGCAAAAACUUGACGCAAAUUUUAAAAUAGCCUAUGAAAAGAUAUUACAGAAUCAAACACGAGCAGAUGAUAAUAUGAACAACAAAAUAUUUCAAUCAGAACAGCGUGGCGAAGCUGACGAGCAAGCCUGGAUUAAACGUGAACAUAACCAAGACAUUUCAUUCCACGGUUUUAAAGUUAAACCUUCACGACAUGGGUCGCCGAUUCCGACUCCGUCCGGAUUAACUGGCCAGGUCGUGUCAGAUGCAAGUAAAAACGAACGCAGCAAUCAUGAUGACGCAGUAAAUCAAUAUGGGCAACAAUGGAAACAAUCGGAAGAGCGCAUACUGUCUGCAGAUGGCUCUCAUAUUAGCCCACCAUUGGAGGGCAAGGCUUUGCCGGAUAUCUCUGACCUUUUAUUACACAAGCAGAACGAGGCUGAAGAUAAAUGGGCAGAAUUGAAUUCUGGACCGUUUGUACAGAAUGCUAAAUAUGAUGAGGUUUUUGGUAAUAAAUUCCCAAAGAAGAAACGUACACUUCAUUCGCAACUUACACCAUUUCUUACGGGCAAUUACGUGCCAGAUGAACUCCGUGCAUAUCGGCUCAAUGAGAAUAUUGAAAAAGCUAAAGAUGCUUUAAAACGUAUAUAUGCGAGAAAUGAAUAUCAGCGACGUAAGUCGGAAUUCAUUGGAUCACCAACAGCUGACUCCCAAGGCAUACAGAAGUCCAGGCCUUUACAAUUUCUUGCAUAUAAUGAUAUUCCGAUGGGCUACCCGAUUAAGCCGCCAAAGUUGCCAAAUACAUCUUCGCUGGUGCCCGAUGUUGUAGGUUUGACUGUAGACGCUGUUCCCAAUGACAAAUUUGUGAGGCAACCUCCACUUACAGGUGAGCCGACCGUCUCCCCGCCUAAGUCAACAGAACAUGACCCCCCUAUUCCCACGCAACUUGACCCUGGGUUUAACAACAUAUCAAUUGGUGGAAGUGAAGCCAUUGCACAAAGUGUGACUACCGACUACAUACAAUCGGCGUUAGUUGACUCGGACCUAUCGGUAUUCGAACCAAUAAAAACCACCAAUCUGACUGCGCAACAUGACCACGUUGUGACAAAAUUGCCAAUCACCGUAACAUUAGACGACAAUAUUACUGCGACUAUGGCAAGUGUAGCUGGUCAACCGGCUGCUAGUUUAGAUGGCAAAAAAGCGACGCACUACGAUUAUAACAAGAGGCAAAUGGAUGCGGAAAUCCACUAUGAGAAUCAGAAACUUCAGCACCAGCAUGGUCAGCGGCAACGUGAGCUCCAAGCGCUGAAUGAGGAAUCAAUCAAGACCAUUGGCGAACAAGAAAUGUUAAGAACUGCCGCGAAAAUUGAAGCUGAUCGCAUACAUACCUUUAAAGCUUCGAAAUUCGACAUCUCUCAUCGAGUCCCCCCUAUUUCCCUAGAAAUCACAGAACCUCCGACGGAUGAUUCGGACGAUUUUAAAGACGAAACAUUUGACCAAUUAGAUCCAGUACACGAUUCGCAAGUGUACAUGGAUCCAUAUUAUAAUGUUACCGACGAUCAAUUCGAAAUAACGACGGUGGAGCGUUCCAAUGACCAAUCAUACAAUGUGGACUUUACGCCUGCGGAUGUGUCUUUUGAUUUCGCACAUAAUGAUGUAUUAGCAACACCAACCUUUACACCACUCCCACCUGAUACAUCCCUUCAAAUCACAAAACCGCCGAAAGAUGACAAGGCUUACAUCGUGAACCAAGACACAUAUGAAGCUGCGUCACAACCUUUAUUCAUUGAUAUCUACAAGCACACACUUGACGACCCCUCAUAUGAGUUAAACAUAGAUGAUCCUCCACUUCCCCCAAAACUCCAACCAGUUGAUCCUAUAGUCCCAUCCACCCCCGCCAUAAACCUCAACAUAGAACCGUUUGACGUUGCGCCUAUUUCAAUUCCCGAAGACUUCGAUCCGCAAAUAAUUAACCGCCCGGAGCUAAAAAUGUGCCUCGCUCCCUGGGCAACUCAGACAUCCACACCCGGCUCCACCGACAUCCCCGAGACGGAGCUGUUCCCAUCGCAGGCACCGCGCACCGUCCGUGAUAUGCUUCAGUGGCUGGCAGGGCUUAAAAACGAAAAGCAUCAUAAGACUCUAAAACAGUGUAUUAAAAAGGCAUUUACUGGCUCGCAUAAGGACACUUCACAGCUUGCACUCUCCAUCAACCACAACAACAUCCUACCUGAUCAUGUCCUCGACAUACUCCAGCUUACCGCCAUGUUUGCAGGUUCAGUGCUCACCUCCAUCGCACCUAACUGGAGAGCUAGUGUUGCAUCAAGAACUGUGAAGCCAAUGUCCAACCAAUCCGAUGAACCUGAUUGCUGCGCCCUCCUCUGCCAGCUGCGAGACUACGCCUACGCCUGCCACCACCAGUUGACGUUCCUGAAGGCGCAGUGUAAGAGGGAUAAGUUAAGCGGUGGGUGGAUGGGUUGUCAGUACGGCAGUGAUGUCAAGACAUCAUCCCCCCUCCAGGCGUUUUUAACUGACCGCUGGGACUCCACCUUCAAGACGCACCUCUUCGACCCGUGCAACCCGUGCCUCAAAAUCAGGGUCAAGAUGGGAUUCAGGAUGGAGGAUUUGCCUAAUGAUUCACCAACUGGCAACACCCUUUCCACCAUCCUCACUCCCAGCUGCGGAGGAGAGGACCAUGAUGCGCUACUCCGUACGAAAUGGUAA